CUUUGUGGUUGCGGUGUGUUACCUCCUGUGGAGGGGAGGGGAGAGACCCAGAGGGACCCAGAGACAGACCAGGGGGUUUGGGGUCUGUGGCUGUGGCUCGUGUGCAGGUUUGCACAGUUACAGUCGCUGCCUCUGGCCGCCCAGGUCUGCGAUGUCUUGUAGCGGCCGUUACCAGGUGUCUGACAGAGAUGUACUUUCCAGGGAAUGGAGGCCACAGAUAUACAGGAGGUGCACAGAUGUCCUGUGGCUCUUAAUCUUCUUUCUCUUUUGGAGCGGCAUGAUGUUUAUAGCUGGUUACGCUCUGACAGUUGGAUCUGCGGAAAGACUGAUAUUUGGCUACGACAGCUACGGGAAUGUUUGUGGCAGGAGGAACGUGGCGAUCAAGGGAGCCUCGCUGUCCGGCCAGGACAUGACCAACAGGAAACUUGUCUUCUUUCUGAAUGCCUGCAAUGUGGACAGCACAAAUCAUACAAUAAAUUCUGUGUCUAUAUGUGUAUCUCGUUGCCCUGAAGACGAGCUUAAAGAACUCGAGGAUCUCCAAUAUUUUGCACAAAAUAAUGGUUCCUACCUGUGUGUGUACAGUUUAAACGUCUCCGAAUACAUAGUGCAUUCGAAAGCAGCCCAGCUCUGCCCCGCGCUGCCAGUCCCUCCGAGCCAGGCGUUUCCACUCUUCAAUCGCUGUGUCCCUCAACGCCCUGACUGUUACUCCCGCUUUCUCUCUAUUCUCAUUAACAUAGUCAAUGAAAGUGACAACUUUCAACGCAUAAUUGGAAGCAUUAUGGUGAGCAAAGAGAGCAUCGUAGGAUUGUGCUUCCUCGCAGUAGUCCUGACUUUCGGCAUGGUGAUGGUCUUCCGGUUCAUUGCUACAGUCCUGGUCCAUAUCUUCAUUACCCUGGCCCUCUUUGGAUUGUUGUUCGUGACGGGAGUCCUGUGGUGGCUGUAUUAUGACAACAUGCACUACCCCAAUCUCAUCUUGGAAAGCGAUAAAGAAAACACAAAAGCUCUUUUGGGAUUUUCCAUAACCGCUACCAUCGUAUCUGUAAUCCUUAUCUUGCUGACCUUGGUGAUGUGGAAAAGGAUAAGUCUGACUAUUCAGCUCUUCCGUAUUGCGAGUAAAAUCCUUGGCUCCGUUCCUCUGCUGAUGCUACAGCCUCUCUGGACAUUCAUUAUCCUUGCUUUCUUCUGGAUGUAUUGGGUCACUGUGCUGCUCAGUCUGGGUACAGCAGGUAAAGCUUACGUAACAGCAGAUAAUCAAGUGGAAUACUGGCCGUUGUCAGGGAUUCGCUACAUGUGGUGGUACCAUUUAAUUGGGCUGAUCUGGACCAGUGAGUUCCUGCUCGCCUGUCAGCAGAUGACCAUUGCUGGAGCUGUGGUGUGCUGCUACUUUAACAGGGACAAAAAGCAUCCACCCAGCAACCCAAUCCUGACCGCUAUAUCAAAGCUCUUUAAUUACCAUCUGGGAACGGUUGCAAAAGGCUCGUUUAUAAUCACCCUGGUCAGGAUUCCACGGAUUGUCCUCCUGUACAUUCAUGACUGUCUGAAAGGGAAGGAAGGUGCCUGUGCCAGAUGUUUGGUUAAUUGCUGCAUGUGCUGUCUCUGGUGUCUGGAAAAGUGCCUGCGAUAUUUAAACCAGAAUGCAUACACGGCAACUGCUAUCAAUGGUACAGAUUUCUGCACUUCGGCUAGAGAUGCUUUCGCUAUGAUAGUAAAUAAUGCGCUGAAUGUGGCAGCCGUCAACUGUUUUGGGGAUUUUCUAUUACUUCUUGGAAAAGUUUUUGUAAUGUGUUUCACAGUCUUUGGAGGCCUUGUGGUUUUUAACUAUCAUCGGGAUCUGAAUAUUUGGGUCAUCCCUCUUCUAAUCGUGUGCUUUUUUGCCUAUCUGGUGGCACACUGCUUCUUGUCUUUGUUUGAAAUGGUGGUAGACAUCCUGUUGAUGUGCUAUGCUAUUGAUCUGACAACUAAUGAUGGUUCAGCAGAAAAACCGUACUUUAUGGACAAGCAGUUGAUGGAGUUUAUGGGAAAAAGCCAAUGGAAAGCAGAGAGAAACAGAAGCGACAAAGUGGAAAAUAAUGGAGAUGCAACAGAACUGCAGCCAAUAGGUGAAAACAGAGUAUGAUGUUCAGUGAAGAGAACCGAUUGCCAACAGAAACCAACUAAUGAGGCCUUAAUCUUCAAUGACUGCAAAUCCAUACAGGUUGAGCCCUGUUACAUUAAUCUAGGUUUGUUUUCAUUAAGAAAAUAUUUUCCAUUUGUGUUAGUCCUUUGUAAGAAUUGUAUUAGUGUACUGUCUUUCUCAACCUGGGCUUGUUAACUAUGACACCAGGAAUAAUUCAGGAGACAUUUAUGUUGUUUUUUCCUGUUCAUGUAAGUGAUGUCCUGUAGCCAAUUUCAUCCUAUUUGGUUUGAGAACGCAAGAAUCAAGAUUGUACAGUUCAUAAUUGUAUAUGGUUUUUGCCCAAAUAUUUAACUAAGAUGAAGGCAGUUUAACUGAGAAGUUAUAAUUCAAUAUGACUGUCUUAAUACUUGCCAUCAAUGGUUUCAACUGUAAAAUAGUUUUGUUCUGAUGAAGUUAAUUACUAGGUAGAUCCAAUCACUAGAAAGAAGAAUGUGAAGUUGAGCGUUUUAAGAGUUGACUGUUUAUACAAUGACAAAUCUCAAUUUUUAAUUAAAACUGAAAUUCAGUUUCAAAGCAAGAAGAGUUUUAUGCUAGAUUUUAGUUUUUACAAAUUAGAAUUUGUUACCAUAAAUUAUUACAUACGGAAAACACUAAAUCUUAUCCUAUUAUCUUAUGGAAAAGGGCCUGUGAUAAUUGCGCAUUAAAAUAAGUUUUCCUUCUGCUUAAUUUAAAAAGAACUUGAAUGGCUUGAUGAGCAUGAAGCAUCCCAGACCAACUACUGUUUAUAACUUGGACGUCCUCCCGAUGUGAAAGGCGCUCUAUAAAUGGAAUGUUGUUGUUGCUGUUUAAGACCACUUUUGCAGUUAAACAUUCUGGUAUUCAAAGUUAUCUUCCUGCUCUGCCUCUCCAGUUAUUUUUCUUCUCUUACUGAAGUUGUUUCUCAAACCUUCAGUCAAUGAUCCACCUUCCUGCUGAUGGUUCAGGUGAAGGCUGACCUCUUUGGUUCACCUUACAUUGCAAUCUUGGAUAAAGUUGGCUCCAUUCUGUUCAGCUAUUUUGACUGAUUCUUAUACUUGCCAUGCCCAUUAGGUAUUCCAUUCAGACUUGGGGUUUCUGGCCACAGUUAUAUCCUUCCUAUUGAGGUUUUCCCUUUUCUUUGCAAAUUUAUUCUAAUCCUUGAAGUUAGUUUAGUUUUCAGAAUUAUAAUACUCAACCAGCAUUGCUGAAGCAUUCAUUAGGAAGUUGCCAGGAAUUCUGCCCUCUGACUGUUAACUUGGUCCUGUGUAAGGUUGUGCAUUUGGGGGAACAACCUGAACAAGGCAGAGUAAAUGCUUUUUAAAAAAAAACUACAACUGUUUUAAUCAAAACACCAGUUUCACAUUCGUAAGCUUACGACCCAACAACAGCUUGGUGUUGAACUGUUAAAUUGCCCCUGAUAUUGAGGUUUUCUCUUUUCCUAACAGUAAAUACUACAAUUGAGGUAUUGUUUAGCUUCAUUAGUACUUACAUCAGAGAUAUUCAGUGCAGAAUGAAUGGGACACUCAUUAUAACCAUUCCCCCGUCCCCUCCUUGUUAUAAUACAAGUUUGGCUAGAUUCCAAUACUUCUAACAAAGACUUAGUGUUCUGCUACAGGACAUUGAAGCACAACAUUCAGUGACGGAAUAAAUGCAGAGUCUUAAUCAAAGAUGGCAAUAAUUGACUUUGAAAGACUUUUUAAAUAUAAUUCAGUUGACUCUAACCAUUAAAGUCUCGCGUCUGGUUUUAUUCUGUUCGAGGCAUUUAGAAUUUUGGAAGAGCCUCUAGAAAGCAGAAUUUUUCAUCCUGUAUUACAAAAGUGUGAAUUCUUUUUGCAGCAGUUUCUAUAAUCAAAAACACAAACCUGAACUUCCAAAGAAAAACAAGUUAUUUUAAAGUUGGGUUUGGAUUUAAUAUAAAAAUCUUGGGACUGAUUUUUUUUCUGGAGCACAAGAAAUGUUUCAGUAUGUGGAGCUCUCCUCAUCCCCCCCUACUUUGUACUGACAGCUGCCUCAUCUAGCUCUUUUCAUUGUGUUUUACAACCUCUGGCCGUUGUACCUUUUUAUCCAAUUACUGUGCUAUUUCACGGUUUGCAAUAGUUGGUCAAAUGGUUUGUUUCUCUUUUAUUUAACUUACCAAAAUUCACUUAUUUUCACAAGACAAAAACUGAUGAAAUAACUUGAGACUCAACUACAGUGAUCCUAUCUGUACAAACUGUCCCUAAUAAAGCAUUCUAGUCCUAUAGAAACAUA